GUCUGGUGUCACUUCAUUGGUUUCUUGUGGUUACGUAGAUGCAUUUAAUGGGUUUUAUUUAAAUGAAGUAGAUGGAACCUAUCAGUCAAACUUAAUCUUUAUAGACAAGAUGUCAUCCGUCGGUGGUGAAAGUGGAGGUCCUGCUUACUAUUUUUCGGAUUUUUCAAAUUUGAGGUUGGUAACUAUAACUGGCAUAUUCACAGCGAGUCUAAGAACUCAAGAUAAUCCUCGUUAUCCUUUUGGUGUGGUAAUGCCUAAAGAAAUUAUUCUUGCUAAUUCUCAAUUGGAUUUAAUUACUAGAUUUUAG